GCCUUCUAAUAGCAACAAGAUGCUGAACGAUAGUGAGCUCGCAACGCUGCGGAAUCGAUUUAAAAGAGAUGCAGAAUUUCUUAUGCGAACAGCAGAUUCGGGUGCCGAAGAUGAAAAGAGUCAGGAGGAAAAAGAGGCCAAACCACUCCCCCGCAUUAAUAAACACUCCAUUUUCUGGAUUGUGGCUUCUGUAGUUGUGACAUACUAUGUGGAUUUCCUCCAGCACAUCAUGGAAAAUGAUGAUAUCAAAAGUUGGUGGUUCAGUGUUGGUCUGAUACUCCUUGGGAUCUGCUUGUGUCUGGCCACAUUUUGCAUCGUGUACUUAGAGUGGUACAAAGGCAUCCAGCACUAUGACCGAGAAUACCCUGCCAUUCCUCCUGUGACCACUGCAGCAUUUAUUGCUGCGUCAUGCAGCUUUAACAUUGCGUUAUGGCCAGUGUGGUCCUUCUUCACUCCACUCAUCCUCUUCACACAGUUCAUGGGUGUGGUUAUGUUCAUCUCUUUGCUUGGAUGAAUAUGAAAGGUGGGGGACAGUACGGUGUUUUUUGUUUGUUUUUUUUGUUAUAAAACUUUACUGUGGGAAUUUGUAUUGUCACAAAAUGUCUUAUCAAAUUAUGGACAACAGUAUCAAUAUCAUUGUCUACUGUUUUUAAAAUGUGUCCAAAAGUUUUAAGUACUAAAGUAAAGAGAACCUGUGCUGCACAGUGCAUUAUGUAAAAUGAUUGGCAAUAAAGGUUAAAUACUCUUAACUAUUUUGUUGGAUAUAUCACCACAAAAUGCAUCUUUCAUUGAACACAUUUAGUAGCACAUGCGAUAAAUACUUUAUAUAGAAUAUUACGGACGUUCAUGUGGUGGCUAUAGUAGAUGAAUUUAUAUAUGUUCUAAACAUAGAACGGUCCAGAAAAAUGUAAUAACAAAUACAUUUUCUAGCUUAGUAGGUACACUGACUGUCCAGUGAGAGCAUGUUAGCCAUUUGGAUUCAUUCCCUUUCACCUCCUUAUGUUCCUUCUGUUAAGGCUCACUUACGUACACCGACCAGCCUCCUUUUUAACUCUGACCAUUUUUACCACAUCAAAAGCAAUAAUGGCUUGAUUUUCAUUUAUUACAGACUCACUGUCCCACAAUCUUUUCAAUUUAAAACCCUUCUGUUUGACCUGCUCUGCCUACAUGCUCCUGACGCUGAGUGAUAGUGCUUUAGAAUUGCCUUUAAUGUGAAUAAUAUCCUUUUGGUUUUUAGUGGUUACAGUUAUUAUAUUUUCACUUGUGUAAGGAACCUCUGAGUCUCUUGAAAUGCAUUACAUAAAAUAAUGACAAUGAUUUGUUGUGGAUUGAAGGCUGCUAAUAAAACUAGCUACAGGUACAUGGAAUGUCUAGAGGGGAAGGUUCGGCUGAUGCACAGUUUGAAAGAGCUGGACUCACCUUGAUGCAGAGUUUGGGUUCUGGAACCAGUCUCCUGUUGAGGGGAUGGAAACGAUGACUAGCCAGUCACUGGGGGUAGUUAAACAACUCCUUGGUUUCAGGACACUUGGGGUAGAUAAGAUUUACCCUUUGUUUCUCAACAAUCUGGAUGUUUUGUGGCUGUCCUAGUUGAUGCACCCAAUGCCCCAUCAGAUUUGGGGAUAGUCAUCCUGAUUUUCCAGACUAGGGUGGUUGUUUCCCUCUUCAAAAAAGGGGACCGGAGGGUAUUAUCCAGGGGGAUCACUCUCCUCAGCCUCUCUGGGAAUGUCUAGGCCAGGUUCCUAGAGAGGAGAGGAAAGUAAGUCUGCUAUUCAAACCCUUCGAUUCAGAAGGAACUCUGUGGUUUUUCUUCUGUCAUGGAACAGUGGACCAAGCCUUUAUCUUCUGGAGGAUAUUUGAAAGUGCAUUCACAUUUCCCAAAAGUCUAUAUAGGUUAUGUGGACUUGAAGAAGGAAAGAAGGAGGGCACUUCAUGUAUAUGGGAUAUCAGACUAUCUGUUCCCACUAUAAUCAUAGUGAAAGCUUGGUUUACAUUGCUGGCAGUAAAUCUAACUUGCUCCUAAUGGGGGUUGUACUCUCACUGAUCCUGUUCAUAACUUUUAUUGAAUUUCUAAACACAGCCAAGGGGUGGGAUGUCUGAUUUGGUGGUCUCAGGAUCAUGUCUUUGUUUUUUGCAGAUGGUGUGGUUUUAUUGACUUCACUGGCCAUGACCUUCUGCUUUUUUUUUUUUUUUUUAAAUUAUGCCAUAUGAUAGUGCAGUGUAAUAUUUUAAAUCUACAAAAGAAGUCAAAUCUCCUCUUUUAUUCUUGGCAAGACUGGUCACACUAAAUUGUCACACGCUUCUUUUUGUUGCUGAAGCGUAAAGAUAACAAAAGCAGAAUGAAUUGUCCCCUUACUGACAUGGUACAGUGUACUGCAGCAUUAUUGUAAGUAAGCUCAGUAGGCGCUGAACCUUAUUCUUUUUGUUUGUAAUAGAUCUGAUUGACAGAAGCUGUUUUAAUAUGAGAUAGGUGAACAAAAGUUUUACUCUUACUCAAGGCUGUGUGCCUACGGCUACAUCCACACAUACAGGGUAUUUAUUUUAAACCGAGUUUUCUGAAUUUGUUUUUUAAAAAAUGUAUCUGUCAACAUGAAAAUGCAAAAAAACAAAACAAAACAAAAAAAAAAACAUUCUUGAGCAUUGUCAAGAGCAUGCUAGAGCAACAAGUGGUGAUAUAAUCCUAACUGCGAAGAAAUGUUGGCCAGUCAAAACCCCAAAAACAGUAAAACAGCACACAGUCUGAUGUUAAUAAAGGAGACAAAAGCAAACACCUUUGACACUGUGAGACAAAAUCUCUGUUUUCGUUGUCCAUAUGUAAAUCUAGAGUUUACAUGUAGGUUUUUGAGAAUCUUCAUCCUAGCAGGAGAUUUUCAAACACUCCCUUUUCGGUGAUCCAAAAUGCUGUUUUCAUGUAGACGACAAGCCAAAAUGCAAAGGAAAAACAGCGCUUACCAAAAUACCUGUGUACGUGUGGAUGUAGCCCAAAUGAUACAGGUUUGAACAUCUGCCCCCUACAUUUUUUUUCUCACCAGCUCAACUAUUGAGCACCUGUAUGCAACUAAUAUUUUAUAAAUGCUCAAUACUCAAACAUUUCUCAUUAUUUGUCUUGCAGCUUUAACAUUGUGUUAUGGCCCUUUGUGGUCCUUCUUUACUCCACCCAUCUCCGCACAGUUCAUGGGUGUGGUCAUUUUCAUCUCUUUGCUUGGAUGAACAUGAAAGGUGUGGACAAUUUUUUUUUUUUUUUUUUUGUAACUGCUGUGGGGAUUUUAAUUAUCACAAAAUGUAUUUUAUUAAACUAUUGACACUGUAUUGCCUUUACUGUUUUGAAGAUAUGUCCAAAAGUUUUAAGUACUAAAAUAAAAAAAAGGUUGUAGAGUCCAUUGUGUUCACUGAAAUUAUUGUGUAAAAAGCUGAUAUUUACUUAACUGU